CGGGGGCAAAAGAGUCAAAACCUUAAUCCAAACCGGUCGCGCAAUAACCUAUCCUAAUCAUGUGGCGGGGGCGAGCAAACGGACACCCAUGGCCGCCUUAACCGCGGCGAUCUCCUCGACCCCCGCGGCGCCCGGCCCCGCCGCUCGCCGCCGCAGGUUCUUCGCCGUGCGCUGCUCGUCCUCCGCUGCCGACGAGCGGCAGGUCCUCUUCAGCCGCAUCGCGCCCGUCUACGACCAUCUGAACGACGUGCUCAGCCUCGGACAGCACCGGACAUGGAAGCGCAUCUGCGUCUCUUGGUCCAGGGCGAAGAGAGGGGAUCGUGUUCUUGAUCUCUGUUGCGGGAGCGGGGAUUUGGCAUUCCUUCUGUCUGAGAAGGUUGGACUGGAUGGACAGGUGAUGGCUGUUGAUUUCUCAAGGCAGCAGCUGCAAACUGCUGCUAACCGUCAGGAGCAACGCUGGAAACCUUGCUACAAGAACAUCAAGUGGAUCGAAGGUGAUGCACUUGGUUUGCCUUUCGCGGACUGCUACUUCGAUGCUGUUACGGUUGGUUAUGGGUUGCGCAAUGUGGUUGACAAACCCAAAGCGAUGCGGGAGAUAUUUAGGGUCCUAAAACCAGGAUCAAGAGCAUCUGUUCUAGAUUUUAACAAGAGCUCAUCGCUUUUCACAACAUCAUUGCAGAGUUGGAUGAUUGAUAACGUUGUGGUUCCUUUGGCCAGUGGCUAUGGACUCACUGAAGAAUACAAGUACCUGAAAAGUUCGAUAUCACAGUAUCUAACAGGAAAAGAGCUGGAGGAGUUAGCUAAAGAAGCUGGGUUUUCUGCCGCCAAGCAUUAUGAACUCGGUGGAGGGCUCAUGGGGGACUUGGUUGCAACUCGCUGAAUAGAAUUGUAAACCUUAUCUGUAUGAUUUACUUGGAUUACGUAGCUGGUUCAGUGCUUUUUUUCCCCUCUACAUUGUCUGAUCGUUCUGAUUCACUGAUCCCACAUGGAUCAUGCACCAAACAUACAAAAUUUCCCUGCUGUAUAAUUCCCAUUUUGAAAUAAGAAAACAAACCGUGGGAAAUGGCCUG